UCCUCCCCUCUUUGUAGGAUGGAUGAGGAGUCGCCAGAUGAACUGCUCUUCAAAGACCAGGACUUCUCCUCCGACUUGUUGAGGCAGCUCAAUGGCUUGAGACAAAACAGGAUGCUGACAGAUGUGAGCAUCUGCGCUGGUACCUGGGAGGUCCCCUGCCACCGAAAUGUACUGGCCUCCAGCAGCCCCUACUUCAAGGCCAUGUUCUGCAGCAAUUUCCGGGAGAACAGUGAGGCCAAAGUCCAGCUGAAAGGCAUAGACUCGCCAACCCUGGACCAGAUCGUCCUGUACGUGUACACGGGUGAGGUGCACAUCACAGCCGAAAGCGUCCUUCCCCUGAUGGGGGCAGCCUCCAUGCUGCAGUACCCCAAGCUCUUUGAGGCCUGCUCCUCAUACCUUCAGAGCCAGCUAGCCCCCAGCAACUGCCUGGGCAUGAUCAGACUCUCAGAAAUCUUAAGCUGUGAGACCCUCAAGAAGAAAGCCAGGGAGGUGGCCUUGACCUGUUUCCCAGAGGUGGCUGCAUCAGCAGACCUGAAGGAGCUCUGCGCCGUGGAGUUGCAAGACUACCUGGGAGAUGAUGGUCUCUGCGGGGAGGAGGAAAAGGUGUUUGAGGCCCUCAUGGUUUGGAUCAAGCAUGACCUCCAGGCCCGGAAGCAAUACGUGCAGGACCUGUUCCAGCAGGUCAGGCUUCAGUACAUCCAUCCAGCCUUCUUCCACCACUUCAUCGCCAAUGACAGCCUCCUUCAAUCCUCACCCACAUGCCGGACCAUCCUGGAGACAGCCAAGAGGCACAUGUUUUCUUUGCACAGCACCAGCACCCCAGACUGCAAGCCCCCAUGGCACGUCCCUCCAAGGAACUCUUACCAAGACUGCCUCAUCCUCUUGGGUGGAAGGAAGGACAACCAGCAGACCACCAGGGACGUCCUGCUAUACAAUGGACAAACCGGCCAAUGGCGGAGCCUUGCUAAACUCCCAGCUCGGCUGUACAAGGCCUCGGCUGUCACCUUGCACCGCAGUGUCUAUGUGUUUGGGGGCAUGGCUGUUAAUGCGGGGAAGAGUCUGGUCAGUCACAAUGUCUACAUCUUCUCCCUGAAACUCAAUCAGUGGAGGCUGGGGGAGCCCAUGCUGGCGGCCCGCUACUCCCACAGAAGCACUGCCCAGAAGAACUUCAUCUUCUCCAUCGGGGGCAUUGGAGAAGGGCAAGAGCUCAUGGGCUCCCUGGAGAGGUACGACAGCAUCUGCAACGUCUGGGAGAGUAUGGCCAGCAUGCCAGUUGGGGUUCUCCAUCCUGCUGUCGCUGUGAAAGACCAAAGACUGUACCUCUUUGGGGGAGAGGACAUCAUGCAGAACCCUGUGCGCCUUAUUCAGGUUUAUCACAUUUCCAGAAACACAUGGUUCAAAAUGGAAACGAGAAUGAUCAAGAACGUGUGUGCUCCUGCCGUGGUGCUCGGGGAGCGGAUCAUCAUUGUGGGAGGUGAGUUCGAACAGAGCGUUGCUGGGCUGGAUGCAAACUUGGCACCUCCCACAGAAAAAGGGUCACUAACAGACCGAUGGCGUCCUACAAGAUCUGAGAACGAUGAACAGUAUUUCCCAGAGUAUAUGAAAAACAGUAGGCGAGAAAAUGACAUUGAUUUUUUGCCAGAGAACCCUGCUGGAGACCAGCUGACAGCAUGUAGCCUUCAGAUGAUCCGGAUCCCCAGCACUCCUCAAGUGCUCCAUCUUCCUGGAUCAUCUCAGGGGCUCGUUUUGAGAACCCCUUUUGAAACUCACCAGCCACCACUGAAAACAUCUAAAGAUGGUUUGUAUGUGGUGAGCUUUGGUGUCUGUGGAGGAGCAGCUGGUCAAGUAAAGGACAUUUACUUUGUUUUUGCCAAAGAAGUUCAGCAACAUCAGAGUCUCCACCAUGGGCUAAGUGGGAAAGAGUCCUCUUCGAAUAUGGUGGAAGUGAUUUCUAAGAUAGGUCAGAAGAGGUUUUGUGGCUUCCGUUUUAGUCUCUUGGAACAUUCACUGGUUAGUCUCUUGGAACCCAGCUGCUGUGCCGCGAGGAAGCCCAAGCAGCCCCAUGGAGAGGCCGAUAUGGAAAGGAGCUGA